CCCAGGCAGCCAGCGCGUCCCUCCUUCCUGCCCGGCUCCCCUUCCCUUCCCGGCGGGCGGGCUGAGGCUGAGGCUGGGCAGGGCCGGCCAGGGCGGCCUCAUUGUGCGCGCGGGGGCGCCGCCAGCUGCGCCGGGCCGGGCCUGCCUGCCUGCCUCCGCGGCUCCUCCUCCCCGCCGGCCGGGCCGAGCGCCGCGCCUCGCGCUCCCCUCCGCGCCCGCCGCAGCAGCAUGUCGGGCCGGUCGGUGCGGGCCGAGACCCGCAGCCGCGCCAAGGAUGAUAUCAAGCGGGUGAUGGCGGCCAUCGAGAAAGUGCGCAAAUGGGAGAAGAAAUGGGUAACAGUUGGUGACACAUCCCUGAGGAUUUACAAAUGGGUUCCAGUAACAGAGCCAAAAGUAGAUGAUAAAACCAAGAAUAAGAAAAAGGGCAAAGAUGAAAAGUGUGGUUCUGAGGUCACCACUCCAGAGAACAGCUCCUCUCCCGGGAUGAUGGAUAUGCACGAUGAUAAUAGCAACCAGAGUUCGAUAGCUGAUGCUUCUCCGAUAAAACAGGAAAACAGCAACAACUCGAGUCCCACGCCAGAGCAGAACUCCACGGGGCAGGCAGAUGGUCCUGAAGCAAAGUCUGACGAUACUCAGGCAGAUGCCAAAGAGGAGCCUGGUUCAGAAGAUGUGUCUGAUGAACAGAAUUCGCAGUCUUCAUUGGAGAAUUCCAUGAAUAGUUCAGAGAAAGUGGAAACUCAACCUUUGGAAGAAAAUGACAUUGCCACAGAGACAUCUAAAAACUCUCAGGACUCUGAAGGCGUGCCACCUUCUAAAAAGAUGAAAGUGGAGGCUCCCUCUCAACAAAAUGUUGAUGAAAUAUAGACUCUAGAUUCCCCCCCCCCCCCGGCCAGUUUUUACAUAAGGUACAUCAGUGGGCUAAAUUAUAGAACAACCAUUCUUAAGUAUCUUCUCUUGGAGGAAGACAGAACUCCUAUAAACUUUUCAAGUUACCAAGCAAAAAUCCACGAAAACCGAGCAAAGGCUUCAGACACUGAACUUUCUUUCCUGUGAAACAAAAUGUUGAGAAUUUUAAGUUCCUGUCUCUGAAAUGGUUGGAGUGAACAACUCAGGAGGGGUCCACGCACUGUUUCCAACGUCAGAAUUACAAUUAUGUUGCUGCUGUAUUUUUUUCCAUUUUUCUAUUUAACAUUAUAAGAUAUUUAAGGAUGGUACAGGUCAGGUAUUAUCUUUUCAUGUGAAAUCCAUUGUUCUGGUUUGAUGUCUGCUUUUUUUGUGCCUUGUGUUCCAAAACAAACCAGUGCUAAUUUUUUAAACGUGGGUUCUCCCUCCCCUUGCCCCCCCCCCGCCCCCCAAUCUCUUGCAAAGUGGCCUAUGUUUCUACAAUGCCAUAUAGGAAGCUUUAAGUGUGUUAUUUUCUAUUUUAUACCCUGGUGCUUACUGUUCUAACAUAGAAAUAUUGUGAAAGAAAUCAAGGGGCCAUUUUCACGGUUGGAGUCUAGAGACAAACCAUGCGGUUCACACUUGAUUUUCUGCAAGAUACAGCAAAGAAUUUUUUUUUAAGUACAGCAUUCAAGACACUGUAAUCCUGUUCUACACAGUCCCUGUGGAAAUGUAUGGGAGUUGUGCGUAAAUACAGCUUGAGUAGGAGAAAUUCCUAGUGGGUUACAUCCUUUGGCUGUAUAACAGUCUUUGAAACAAACUGGUUUAUUCAAAUGAGUGUGUCUUGCUGUUUACUUAAAUUAGUACUGAUUUGGGUAAGUAUUGAAGCAAAUUAUGAAUUUUAAGAACUAGUUCUAAAUAGCAGUAUCUGAACCUCUUAAAUAUUCCUCUAUAAAUACAGAUUUGCACAAUAUACAUAAUCUGUAAACUGAUUUUUUUCUCUUGAAUUGUGUAUCUCCUUAAAAAAUGUGGGUGACGACUGAUUAAAUGGCGGUCGGUGUGGCGUUUAACACCCAUGUUUAAUUAGAGAUUUUUUUUAAAAAAAAAUGUGUUUGCUGAUCUAUGAAAUGGACAAAUAUAUUUUUGAACUUUUAAAAAAUUGUAAUUAUGUGAUUUUAAUUGAUCAGCUCGGUCCAUCGCUCUGAAGCCACUGCUGAUAAGUCGCCAUGCCCCAGUAGUUCCUGUCUGUAGAUACAGCUAUGUGGUUCUGUGUUUUUGUGUUUUUUACAGAUUUCCAAGGAAGUAGAGAAGCAUUUUGAUUUCAAAGCUGAAUCCUGUACUUAAUAAAUAAAAAAAAUAUAUAAAUAGCACUAAAAUACCUCAAAUUUUUCAUUAGGUAGAAACAUUCAUUGGCAUUACUGACACUGACAGGCGUAGUGAUUGAAACUGACUUAAUUCCUCUGUGUGGCUUUUCCUCAGAAAUGUGGUGCAGUUCACAAAGACCACCUGCUACAUGUUCACCAUUCCCAUUCAAGAGGGCUUCCUAGCUCAGGCAUGUAUUGAGCCUGACAGUUUAAUUUUUAAAAUAAAUGAAAGUUGCAUAGCAGUGGGUUUUAAUGAAUGGUGCCGUUUUCUUGGUACUCUGUGGCUCAGCAGACGCCCACCCCACCCUAACCGAAUCACUUACAUUUAGCGACUUCACUUUGAAAGUAGCAACACUUAAUUUGCAGAUCAUUCAGAGUUUAUAGAUACCGAGAUCCUCUAUGUACAACAGGCAGUUGAGAAUAAACAGACAGAACUAAUUCCUUAAACCCCCUGAAUGUCAUUCUAUACCCUUUUGACAUGAGGAGUGGGGGCAGAGAAUCUAGACAUUACCCGGUAUGCAGAAAUUCAAAAUUGUGUACAAGACUGUUACUAGUCUUUCUUUGAAGUGCCUGACAACACUGAUAGGCCAUUUGGAUGUGUGGUUAGAUAACAUUUUUAAUGCUUGGAAGUUAUAGAUGAGAUCCAGCCGGCAAGGAAAGGAUCCCCAAUACUUGAGGAGGCUUGGUACUGGAUCCAGCUUCUUGGAAUUGGUUUUAUAAACUUUCUUCAGGGGGAUGGGGGGGCAUUGAACACAUUGAAGUGUGGAGGGGAAGGGGUUGAUGAAGUCUUGUGUCAUGGUGACUGGAAGUUGUCAUGCUGAUAAUGGAUGCGGGCCGCCAAAUGCUACUGCUCAUGUCAGAGGAGGUCAUGUAGCAGCCAUGCUUGGUGCAUUGCACCCCCCCCCCCUCUUUUUAGAAAUACUGCAAAUAUCAAGAAGUGCUUCCUUAUCUACAAUUGAGCAUUUGGACCUCUGAAAUACUAAAACCUAGACAUAAGCUAGGUAACAGACCUUCGUGGGUCGUGGGCCAACGAGGUGGGGUGAGGAGGAGGCCAUCCAAAUGAGAAACUUACUCAGCCAAACACUUAACGUAGAACUGUUAAUUGAAGGGUGUUGGGGAUAUUUUUUGCUUGGGGAAAGUAGUUAUUAAACAUUCCAAAAAGUGCUGGCACUUAGCAAAGCAGCAGCCACCAGUUCAUGAGGCAGCAUAAAAUUAUUGGCUUUGGGUAGCUUCAUACAGAAAUGUUGUCAUGUUUUGGAAUGUUCUUUAUAUCUAAAGGCCUGCUAGAAGGUGUAAAGAAUUUUGUGGGUUUUUAAAAAAAAAUACCUAAUUGUUUUCCAUCUUAAUUAUUUUGUGUGUGUUGUACAGCAGUAUAAUUUUUUUCACUUAUUUAUUCCAUCAGUAGCUAUGGUUUGUACAAUGUACAAUGGUUUCAUUUUAAAAAUUAAAAAAAAUCA